GCUAGCAGACGGUUGUGUUUUCUCUCGUCCCACUGCCACUCAAAAAAUAAGUGUUUCAAUUGAAUUUACACAAGUUCGAGCCGAAAAUCGAAGCAUGAUACUACAUUAUCAAAGGUGUUAAAUUAAAUUCGCUUAAGCAAUCUAGGAGAAAUCAACUCGAAAAAACUUUACCAUAACUGGCAAAAAAUAGUGCUUAGAAAAAAAUCAAGUUGAAAAACCAUUUAUAACUAUUAAAUAACUAUCAAUUUAAUACUGUCGAUAAACAGUGAGUGUUUUAAAACCGGUAAACUAAAUUAGCGUUUCGGGACUUACGGUUCUAAAACUGGUUCGAUUUUCUUCCCUCGUGUCGUCCUUUACCGUUUUUGGCAUCCACGCGUGCUCUCUCGUCCUGUCAAAAUCGCCCUCUCUCUCGCGAAGUACCGUGAGGCCUACACCGCCGACCAAGAGUUCAGCACCGCCUAUCGCACACUCCCGCCAUAAAUUGCGAUUAGUCGCAGAACAACCAAAUGCGAAAGCAAGACGCAGAUUUUUAAUUAAAUUAAGAUUGAAAAAUACUAGCCGCCACAACAGCAGCCACGCCAAAUGUAAACAAUCAGCACUGGAUAUUAAAUAUUUAAAUACUUGCUCUUGGAAAAUUGAACGGCUUUUUAAAUUAGGACUCCACGACACUUCCGUGCGCAUUUUAAAGUGACAUAUCCUAUGUGUGUCCUGUGUCCCAGAGAUCCCAUACAUAUGCAAUAGAUGGUGUGUGUGCCAAGCCAAAACAGCCAUAAAUAAAGCCAGGCAAACAAAUAAACAAACGAACAAUCGGGUCAAAGUGCUUAGUCAGGCUAACAGACCAAAAAGAAUCACAAAACGACAGGGACAAUCUCCCAGUUUUCGUGCGAGGCCACAUGAUCUUGUCGUCGCCAUUGUCGCAUCGAUAGCAAUUAAAACCGACGUCGGCCAAAACAAAUAGCCAUCAGCUAUAAAUUUACAACGCCCCAGGAAAAUGCAUUGCAGCAAAACAAGCAAUUAAAGCAGUGCAGCCCCGCAACCACGAACCGAACCUGUAGUAUCCUGCCGCCGCCGCCUGCUGUGCUAAAAACCUAUUUUGAAUAAUUAAAAUUCCGUAAGUGCUGCAGUCGAAGACGUCGACAAAGGUGAAGUGGAAGUGGAACUGGAAGUGGCAGUGCAAGUGGCAAGUGGCAGUGGAAGUUGUUGCAAAACAGAAAGAACCCGGGUCUACCAUUGCUCGCAACACAAUCUGCGGCCUGCAAAUUCGUGUGCAGCAAUGGAAUAAUUAAUUCAAUGCCCCUGACUAAGCCGGCGAGCAGCAGAAGCAGAACUGUUUACAAAUUCGAGUGUCCCAGUCACAACAACAACUGCAGCAACAACAGCAACUCCGGCAAAAUGGCCGCCGAGGCGAGGACAAUUAGCCAGCGAGGACAUAUCCACAAUCAGCGCCAGGUGAUGAUCCUGCCCCACAUUCUGUUCCUGGCCAUCACAGUAGUCUCACUGCAGUUCGACAGUGUGUCCGCCCAGAGCAUGAUGACCAAGAACGAGCCCAUGUUCAUAUCACGUUCGGAGACUUUCAAAUUUAUCACCGGCGAGACAAUAGUUCUGCCAUGCGAGGUGGCCAAUACGGACACGUACGUUGUGGCCUGGAAGCGUGGCAUCGCCAUAUUAACCGCCGGCUCCGUGAAAGUGACUCCCGAUCCCCGCGUUCGCCUAGUCAACGGAUUCAACCUGCAGAUACGAGACGCCCUGCCCACGGAUGCCGGCGAUUAUAUCUGCCAGAUUGCCACCAUGGAUCCGCGCGAAAUCACCCACACGGUCGAGAUACUGGUGCCGCCGAGGAUUCAUCACAUUAGCACCGGCGGACAUUUGCAAGUCAAGAAGGGCUCGUCGGUGCGCAUCGAGUGCUCGGCCACGGGUAAUCCAAUGCCGAAUGUGACUUGGAGCCGCAAAAAUAAUAUUUUGCCCAACGGCGAGGAGAAGCUCCACUCGCACGUCCUCUCCAUCGAGAAUGUGGAUCGGCACAAGGGCGGCGUCUACAUAUGCACUGCCAACAAUCGCGUCGGACAGCCCGCUUCCAGCCAGGUCGUGCUCCAUGUCCUGUUUUCGCCGGAAAUCUCCGUGGAGCGUCCCGUGGUCUUCUCCGGCGAAGGGCACGAGGCCACGCUGGUCUGCAUCGUCCACGGCGAAACACAGCCUGAGGUAAUUUGGUUCAAAGACACCAUGCAAUUGGAUACCACGGAGCGGCACAUCAUGGAGACGCGGGGAUCGCGGCACACGCUGAUUAUACGCAAAGUGCAUCCGCAGGACUUUGGCAACUACUCCUGUGUGGCCGAGAAUCAGCUCGGUAAGGCACGCAAGACCCUGCAGUUGAGCGGAAAACCGAACGUUGCCGUUUUUAAUUCACCGCCAAUCAGUCAGUACAAGGACAGAUACAACAUCUCCUGGGCCGUCGACUCGCACUCUCCCAUCGAAGAGUACAAACUGUCCUUCCGCAAGCUGCCGCAAGGACACGAGGUCGUUGGCAAUGCUAUUGACUCGCCAUCCUCCUCGUCGCACUCCUCCUCGUCCUCCAUCUCCUCCUCGUCCCAGAUGUACGGCUCUGGCUCGGGGCUACAUGCGCAUCGGAUUGGCAGCAACAUGAACGGGUUCUCCGGACAGCCUGGCAGUGGCACCUACUCCGGCUACGGCAACGUGAUGCACUGGGGCCACAGCGACUGGCGCAACGUCGUCCUGCCGGCGGUGCCCGUCUCGCACCACUAUGUCCAGGGCAUGAGCUACAUGGUCCGUGGCCUGGAUCCCGAUCAGCACUACGAGGCCACCGUGCAGUCCAGGAAUCGUUACGGAUGGAGCGAUCUGACCAACAGUUUUGUGUUCUCCACAUCAUCAAAUGAUGGACUUGUCGAUCCGUCAACCUAUUUGAAUCUGUCAGAUAACGAGAUGCGGGACCUGAGCGUCACCUUCUACGGCAGCAGCGCCAUCAACCGACAGAAACUGGGCCUCCUGGCCCUGAGUUCCGCCACUCUGGCUCUGAGCCUGCUGGUGGCCUAAUUGCUUUCGACUUCGACCUGAGUAACGAAUUUCACCGCCAAUAGCAGUAAAGUGAAUCGAUUGACUUUGAUCUGUGACAGCCGAAUGCAGAAUGCGGAAUGCAGAGCGGAGAAUGCAAUCCUCCACAACACUCUAGUCGUAACUGGUGGCCCAAGGGAUGAUCCACACCAUAGGCAUAAGCGUAAUUACAACCACGAUUUCUCAUUGUUCGAUUCGAAUUUCUCAAAACUCAAGCAACGUUUAGCAAAUUAACCAAGAAACGGAAAAGGAACCAUACAUUAUACAUGUAACAAUCAAUGUAAAAGAGCAUGCAACUGUUCAAACUAGGACCCAUAAAGCGUACACAGCACAUACACAACACACACACCCCACACACUCACACUCGCCGACCAUUCCAGCACUCGAAACCAGUGUACAUAGAUUUUAUUGCAUACUUACAUACCUAGGAAUAAACUGCACCAAAGAAAUAGUCACUCGACGAGCGAAGAAAUACAUUUACAUAUAACUAGUACGUACUUGAUGGCCAUAAAUUGCAAAGGGUGGAGAGUAGUAGCAUUAUGCGGAUAGUUAAUUAAAUUAAUACAUGAAUGCAUAAACUAAUUAUCAGAUACGCCACUGCCGCACGUCACACGCCAUUCGCCACACCACGCAUUUUAGUCAAAUUUGAUGAGAGAUGAAAUGGUCAGAAUCGAACUAAUUUGCAGCAGACGCAUUACCAUGGCUUACUGCAGACAGCGUUUUUCUAGCUUUUUGCAAUUUGUAUGUAUGUAGCAGCUAAGUAGCUUAAUUGACCGCAAAUAUGCAAUUAAAUAAGUCAACAAACCUAUUGAUUUGGUAUGUAAAUGAAUAUACACACGUGGGGGACGGCAUAUAGAAACCUCCAUAUGGCUAUUCGAUUACAAUUAGAGCGUAAGUGUAAAUAAAUAUGAGUAAAGAAACAGAUUUGAACAGUGAAUCGCAACAGUAAAUAUAUUAAUACCCAAGAGAAUAGGAUACCCAAACUUAAGGGUUUUAAUGUCGUACACCGAACAGGAUGUGGCCAAGGUUGUUUUAUGUAAAUAUAUUGCACCACAGGCAUACGAAAUCUCAUGAUAUAUAUGUACUUACGGUUCGAUACUCGUAUUGUUGCUUCAACACAAAACAAAUGGCACCUUUCGUGUUUGGUUUACCGGCACCUUCUACCCUGUACCCCUUUUUGCAAUCCGACCCGAAGGCCAAGCUGAAAAUGCACCUUUGAUUCUGUCAGUCACACGUAUGAGCUAGACGAUAAGUGAAUAUUGUAAUGAGAUUAAUGAAAUCGAAGCCUACAUAUAAAUGUAUAGGAAAAUAACUUUACUUGAUAAUUCCCAAAUAAAUUCAGCCAUAUACAAGAUACGCAUUCAGCUUUUCUAGAAUUAAAUAAAUGUGGGCAUGGCGGAUGAGAAGCCAAAAAAAAAUAGUAUAGAACUAAAUGUGUAAUUAAUACUGCUGUCAAACGAUUGGCCACACAAAGGGAAAAGUGACUUACAGCAAACAUAAUUUGUGUUAAUGUGAAUGUAAAUGGAUGUGCAACAAGCGAUACAAUUAAUAUAUGAACACAAACAACCGCAGAUAAAAUUUAAAAUUUAAAUCCGCAAACUUCCCUCUCCCUCUACGAUUCCCACUCAAAAGUUGCUUUGGUCCGGCGACUGGAGCCCAUCGAUAAGUUAGCUAAAUGAUGAUAUGAUGUCGGUACUCAGUAUAUAUACACCUGAAUAUAGCGAUCGAGCCGUUACUUGUAUGUGUAAUUUACCGCUUAGUUAUAGUUAUCCGAUUUUGUUAAGUGCAGCAAAUACCAAAUCUAAUUUAAAGUAAUUAUAAUACUUACCUACACACCAGAACAUUUUCGGUAUUGAAUGUAUAUGUGACUAGAAACCGUAUGUGUAUGUAUAUUUGAUUAUUUUGUAAAAUUUUUCAAAAACUAUAAAUAAAGUCUAUAUUACCAUAUAAAUGUAAA